GUCAAGCCGCGCCCGCUCGUUGUCGCCCCCCUGUGGCCAGGAUGAGUUGGAGCUUCCUGACCCGCUUCCUUGAGGAGAUCAACCACCACUCCACGUUUGUGGGCAAGGUGUGGCUGACGGUGCUGGUGAUUUUCCGCAUCGUGCUGACGGCCGUGGGCGGCGAGGCCAUCUACCACGACGAGCAGAGCAAGUUCGUGUGCAACACCCUGCAGCCGGGCUGCGACAACGUGUGCUACGACUCCUUCGCCCCGCUCUCCCACGUGCGAUUCUGGGUCUUCCAGAUCAUCCUCAUCUCCGUCCCUUCCGUCAUCUACCUGGGCUUCGCCAUGCACCGCAUCCGAGCCGGGACUGGUCAAGGUCAGGGCGUCCGGGCCAGGGCCAGGAAGAAGAUGCCCAUCGUCCACCGGGGGGCAGCCCGGGACUAUGAGGAAGCGGAGGGAGACAACGAGGAAGACCCCAUGGUCUGCGAGGAGAUCGAACCCGAGCCCUCGUCCAAGCCCGACGAGAAAAACGCCGUGGAGGUCAGGCACGACGGCCGGCGUCGAAUCAAGGAAGACGGGCUGAUGAAGGUGUACGUCCUCCACCUCCUGAUGAGGACCCUGUUCGAGGUGGGAUUCCUGGUGGGCCAGUACUUCAUCUACGGCGUGCAAGUCCUCCCGGGGUUCGUGUGCAGGCAGUCGCCCUGCCCGUACACGGUCGACUGCUUCGUGUCCCGCCCCACCGAGAAGACCAUCUUCCUGCUGGUGAUGUACGUGGUGAGCGGCCUCUGCCUGUUCCUCACCCUGUGCGAGCUGGUCCACCUGGGCUGCGGCGGCAUCCGGGACGGGCUGCGCGGGCGCCGCCUGGCCAUGAGCGCCCCCAAGUGCGGCGCCUACGCCCCGCCCGGCUACCACUCCGUCCUGCGCAAGGAGCAGGGCAAGCUGGGCAGCAGCAACGGCGCUUACCGCGGGACCAUGGCGCCCGGCAGCUUCGAGAUGUCCGACAUGGUCCAGAGGCACCUGAAGAUGGCCCAGGAGCAACUCAACCUGGCCUACCGGGUGUGCGGGGACGGGGACGGGCCCGCUCACGGUCGCGGCAGGAGCAGCAGCCCAGAGUCUAACGGGACCGCCGCGGAACAGAACCGCCUCAACUUCGCCCAGGAGAACGACGGCGCUUGUUCCGAGAAAGCAGGUUUGCGAGGGUGAUCUACACGGAACCUCUCCUCGAUCCCCGGCUUCGGACAAGUCCGAGCGCCUCAAGCAAUAAAAGGGACCUCGACUGGAAAAGACUUGCAUCUCAUCUCUGCCUCCUCCUCAGCACUGAGGACAACUUCAUCUUUGACAGGAACUGCUCGGCGUAGCUGGCUGGAGCGGGCGGGCGGGCGGGCGGGAGUGGUGGUGGUAGUGGUGGUGGUGGUGGUGGUGGCGGCCAUCUGACAACAUGCCCACACACACGCACACCGCACACCACGGGCGGCGGCACGCUUGCACCGUCAGCUGCUUCUUCUACCUUCCGGAACAUUCCACCAGCCACACCCUGGGUCGGGGCCACGGCGUCUCUCGGGCAGGUUCUCCUGGACCUCCGGGAAGAACCUCCAUCUUCCACGUGUAUUCGAGAGACCUCUACUCUUACGCCAAGACUGUCCUUAACCAAUCACCGACCUUCAUCCCGACCACCCCCACCUGCCGCUCGCUGCCAGGCCGCUGAUUUUUUAAUCAUUUCUUCUUAUUUUUUAAUCCAUGUAAAAGAAACACUAUUGUCCAACGACUGCCAAUUGAUUUUAAUUUUAAUCCUAGUUGUUUACAGCUGUAGAACAUUCCAGAAUGUUGGGUGUUGCGUAAGAGCGAUGAUCAAAUGAAUUUGCUUUUUUUUU